CGACGGCAGCAGAUUCUGAGCUUUCGGUUGCGGUCUGCUGGAGCUCGUGCUGGCAAAGCAAAGCAAGGCGGGGCGCGAGUUCGCAGCAAUGCGGGUCGGAGAUGGAGAGUAGGCUUUUUGUCUGGAUGCCUAUUUGUUCGGUGACACGAAAUGAUCGGAGAGUAAGUGAGAGUGGUAAUGUAGGCGGGCGCCGUGGUGUGAUGAUCAGACCAGUAUUUGGACAUUGCGCUGCGCUGCGUCCGAGAGCUGCGAGAGAUGGGGCCCGGCGCAUUUAUGCCGUGCGAAAUGCUCGAGCGGUGAGAUGAUGGCGAGCAGCCGGGGCCUCGGUAAGCGACUGCGCGCUCGCAGUUGAUUUUGUUCUCUCCCCUCCCCUCCCCUCCUCUCCCCUCGCUGAAGGAGACAACAAACAACGUCCGAGGGAGUUUCAGAGCGGGAGAAAGACAGAGCUGCACCGCAGCUAGGUGCUGCUGCCAUGAGGCAGGCAGUGUAGUUGGGCGGGAGCAAGGAAAAGAGAGGGAGAGAGAGAGAGGGAGAGAGAGAGAGAGAGAGAGCGCGCGCGCGAGAGAUAGAGAUUACCGUCGUGUCAUGCAAAGGAGCUCAGAGGUAGCGGGAGUGCGAACGAAGUCCGCGUGUGGUUGUUGAAAGGCUCGUACGUUGGAGAGAGCGUGCGGUCCGAGAGCCUUUGCACUGAUGAGAGAAGAUCGAGCGAAGAAGAGGAAGAAAAGAAAACUGCAGGGCAGCAGGCUUCCGUGGGGAAGAUGUAAUUGCUCGGUGUGACAGAAGACGAAUGAGAGUGAAAGGGCGGUAAGGAUAUGGUGGAGGGAGCGGGGAGAGAAGUUGUGCAAGCUGGAGCGGCCGCAGCAGAGGCCUGUGCAUUGUUUGUGAGAGUUUUUGGGCAUGCGGGACAGUGGAAGGGAAGAGAGAAACACGGUGAACUCGGCAGCCAAUGUCACGAGCUAGGAGAGGGAUAACCUUAGUGGUAGAGGAGUACGUGCAUGAACGGAACUUGUGCAAGAUGAACAGAUAGUGAGCGAGCCAAGAGAAAGUCAGAGGCGACGACAUUGGCCUCGGCCGGGAAGCAUUGUAUACCGCCACAAACUUUGGCGAGAAUGAAGGGUGGUGGGGAGCACAGGCGUGGUCGAAGCAUGGGGAGCACUACUCCUGGGCCCGACAACAAAGAUGAGGACUUGGCUCUGUUCCAUGAAAUGAAGCGCCGUGAGAAGCACAAUUUUCUACAUCCGUCGCCGGACGACCUGGAUGUGUCUCUCUCGAAGAAGUCCGGAACCGACCUGCUGACAUCGGACGUGGACAAGAACGACUACGACUGGCUAUUGACUCCACCGGGAACUCCUCUGUUUCCAUCGCUGGACCAAGAAGCUGCAGCUCUGGCUGUCAUAUCUCCUCAGGCUCCGCUUCUCAAUGGCUCGUCGACGGCAAACUCUUCCAAGUUAUCACAUUCUCCAGCGGAUCCGUCUCCUAAGAGCUCUCGAGGCAAUCCAAGUCCCAGAAGGGCAGGCUCCACCACCCCAAAUGGCACGAUGUCGAGAUCUCGAUCGACCCCUCACAACUCAACUCCCGUGGUUGCGACUGUCUCUAGGCCUUCCACCCCGAAUUCUUCUCUUACUAGGCCCUCCACCCCUACUGCCAAAUCAACCUCGACGCCCUCCGUAAGAGCAUCUACUCCAAACUUGAAGCUUUCGAUUUCUGCAUCCAAAUCAUCCUCUUCUACUGCUUCCACUCCCACAGCCACAAGACCAUCUACACCAAAUGCUCGGUCUUCAACUCCUCCUGUGAGGCCCUCGACACCUGGUGCCAGGUCCUCGACCCCGACGUCUAAGCCUUCCACUCCAACCAUGCGCAGAAGCUUGUCCGGAGGUAGGAUAGCAUCACCUGCUACAACUCGGGGUGGCCCUUCACCUAAAAGAACUACGUCAUCCCGUGGGAAUUCCCCUUCUGCCAAGAGGGUUACUCCAAUCAUCACGACUGUAGCCGGUAUGUGCUCUGAGGCUCCUCCGAAUCUGCGUACUACGGUCCCGGAACGAACCUCUUCCACUCCGAAGAGCAGUUCUAAUGGCUCUAGGGCGCUCUCCGACUCUGGUCACGCAUCAGAUGCUAUGGAUGCUAGUGGUCGCAGCAGACGACGACCUAGAUCACCAAGCGUGUCAAGAAGUUUCAGCUCUUCCAGCAGUCAAGAUCAACGCACCAGCUCACAGACGAGUAGAGGGUCAGUCAUAUCGUCUUAUGAUGAUGGGAUUGAGGUCAGUCGACCAACCAAUCAAAGCAGCCGGAACUCUGCCGCUGGAAAGUGGCACGCAGCAGGUCAUGAAGAUUUGCUCAGCGGGAAGGCAAACACGAAUGUGCAGUCGAAACGUGUAACGAGGUCGUUGGUUGUUUCGAGUAGUUCUUCUGUUUCGGGAGGAACGCCUUCUAAAAAAUCUCUGGAACCAAAUAAGUGGCAAGGGGAGGCAUACCAACAUUCCCCAAGCUCAUACAGACAUUUGAUGGCAAGUAGUCCUGGAUCUCCUUUCUAUGGGACACGGGCAAAUAGUCUCAUCGUGAGGCCAGCCUCUGCUAUGAAUUCUUCUGUAACCACCAGCAGCAACGCCAGUUCGGAACAUGGUACUACUGUAGCUCCUGAUACCGAGGGCAGUGAGAGAGAUGACGAUGACCUCCUGAGCUGGGAUAGUUACGGUCGAAGAUUGUCCCCUAGUCCUAGAGGACGGCAAGCGGAUAUAUUAAUGCUGGACAAGGAUGAAGACAAGCUGGUCGCAUGGCAAGACUACGAUCGUCUGAAUAGUAAUGACCUUGUGGCCUCAUAUAAGCCAGGUAUGCAGAGCACUUUAGAUACCGAAGUAACCAGUUUCUAUGAAAGUGACGGUAUCGCAAGUUUGGAGAUGCUUGAGCAACUUGGCCUCAUGGGUGAAGUAUAUAACACCAAGAAAAUAAUACCGGGAGAAAGGGUUCUGGAGAGAAGGGCCAGCAAUAUUGAGGAUGGUAAGGUGGAGUUACGUCGUUCAGGGGAGAGGCCUUUGCAGAGGAGAGCCAGCAACAUCGAGGACAGCCGGAUACCGGACGUUCAGCGCUCAGAUGAUGGGAACGGGUACACAAGGGCUGGUUACGACAAACUAGGCCAUGAGGGACACAGCGGUUCGGGACAACUCGGAUCGAAAUUGAAGAGGCAGGAACUGCUAGAUGCUCUGAACGAGUCCCGGAAGUACGAUGCAGAUGUUCACAUGGCCACGGGAGAGAGAGUUUUGAGUUCACAGAAGAGCAAGGUUUCCAAUGCAGAUAUCAAUGCUGCAUGUCUGUUUGUGCGCGAUUUCAGAGUGGGUCUUGCUCCCCCUCAAGGUGAGGAGAUAGCUUCAGCUAUUUCUUAUAGCUCAUCUGCUCCCGAAGAAGAAGCAACCAACACUAGCUGGGUCGGGGAUGGAGUUGGCAGCAUAAUGAGUCGCAAAGACUUCGGAAAUGUGAGGCAAACCCACGACUUUUCUCAGCAGAAGCUCAAAGUUUCAGGAGGAACAACUUCGUUUACGCAGAUGGAAAGUAAAUUGCCUCGUCGUCCUCAGUCGAGAGGGAAGGUUGGAAAUUCCGAGCCAGUUCUUUCUCACAUGCAGGAGGCUUCAUCGAAAGCAGAUGUCCUGCGGCUCCAGGCGGACGAGAAUGACAAUGCUAACAACUCAGCCCUUUUAAGUCUCGUGGAUGUGAUGGAGAGAAUCAAGCACGAGUCGUCUCAGCCUAAAUACUUAGACUUGGAAAAUCAGGGUUCAAAGACCAUACGCCCAACAGUUGCUGUGCUGGAUGGUAAGCUAUAUGUUGACAGUCUAAGGAGGCCCUCUCACUCUCAAGCAUCUGACAUCAGACGUGGUCUAAGCUACGAAGAGAUUCAUGCAAUGGAUGAGGUUGACACUCCUGAGCUACAUGACAUUGAAGAUGACUCUAUAAUGUACGACGGUGGAAAGGGUGAGUUGGAGUUACUGGAGAGUCUCCACAGGAGUGCUCUUCGUAAAGAGGAGGUGAGGGCGAUGGAGGAGGAAGUAGGUUAUGAAAGCCCGAAAAGAAGAUUUGUUAUGGCAGUGGAAGCAGAUGUGUCCUCGAUGGAAGCAGGCGAUUUACAUGAAAGUCCGAAAAGGAGGUGUGUCGAAGUGAAAGGCAGUGAAAAUGUGGCCUCCGGAGACGCCAUUGUGCUACACGGGAGUCCUAGCUUUUCACAUGAAGAACCGGAAUUCGAUGUCACCAAUAUGAAUUUGGACGACUUCCUACUAUCUGGUAAGGAGAAUCAAAUAGAAGUAGAAGCAAGUGAUGAACCUGAGCCGGUGACACCUCUUAAGAGUGGCUUUCAGGCCUCGGUGCAAUUCGAUGGAAUAUCGCCGACGGUGAAGAUAGAGCGUCACCUGACAUCUGAGAAAGAUGCCCAAGACGUUGUUGAAAGGGACGGAGAGGAGACCAACCCGCCAAGUCCGACUGGGGUCUGCUCUUCUCUGCAAGAGGAGGACCUCAUUGCCAUCAGCCCUGUCAUAUUACAGACCCCGGUCAAGGAAGACCAGCUGGAUGUUUCAAAUAGCGGAAUGGUCGUGGAAGAGGAACCACCUAGUAGAGGCAAGGGUCUUGUGCUCAGUGAGGUUGAGGAAGCCCAUACGGUGAUUGUCGAUGCUCCAGCUCCAUCUGAUGUUGGCCAUCAAGAAAUCAACGAUUUUCUACAGAUUGAGGAUAUCUUACCGGAGCAAGUUAAUCACAAACAAUGUAGUGAACCUAAUAUAGUGACUACGGAUGUCUCACAUUGCUCAGAGCAGGAGAAACACCUAGAAGUGCCCGACUUGGUGAAGAACCAGAGGGUCUUGACAGAGGAUGCCGAUGGCGUUUCUGUUAAUCAGGAAGUAGAUCACACCAGCGCAUCGAUUCUGGGCGGCGCAGGUGGGGGAUAUUUGACUGUCGAGGAUGUCGAGAAAGAGGAGGCGCAGACACUGGAUAGCUCAACGGUACAUGGCUUGGAUGAUGAAAUUUCGAGUAGUGUGUUAGUUGAACUCAGCAAUGAAGGGAGUGCAAUGCACCAGCCACUGCCGAUUACGGCCCCGAUGAUAGCAAGCAGUGAGGAUGAAGAAGUUUUAUCGAGGAUGCUGGUAGGAGUCAGUUCGAAGGAGAGCGAAAUGGACCAGCCAAUUCUGCCCACUUCCCAGACUAUAGCGGGCAGGGAUGAAGAAGGCUCAAGUAGUAUGUCUGUUGAGGCUGGUCACCUGGGCACUGGGAUGGACCAGUCUAUUCCGCUCAAUUUCCACAUUGUGGUAGGCAAGGAAGAUGAGCAAGGUUUAGAAAAUGUCUCGGUAGGAACCAGUUUCCAGUCGAGCGUGAUGGACAAUCCAGUACUGCCGGAACCCCAGGCCGUGGUGGGCAGUUUCCGGAAAGAAGAUGUGAGCACUGAAACUUUUGAUUCUGGAAAGGUUGACGACAGUCAGAUCGUGAAGGAUCUUGACGUGGUCAGUUCGAAGGAGGUGAAAGAAGACCUUUUCAUGGCUUCUCCUGAGGAUGAAGGAAGCUGCGCAGAAGCAGUAUCUGAGGGCUUUUCUGCAUCUGAUGACAUUUUAGGCAAGAUCUUUGUUAAGGCGGCCUUGGAAGAAUGCCAACUUCAGUUAAAAGAUACAGCCCUCGAUUCGGUUCCUGACCCUCCAUACGUGGAUGAGCUUUCCCUUCACUCUGGUGAUGAGAUGGAGGACAAGCAGGAACGCCAAGCAACUCCUUAUUACGGUUGUGAAUCAGAAAGCAAGGUUGUCGAAGAAGCCAGACCUGAGGGCUCGAUCUUCUCAGAAGAGCGUUCUCGAAUUCUGGAGAAUGAGAUGAUGGAGAGUCUGGAGGAUGACGAAACAUCAUCCGUGAAGAGUCUGGGCCCCAGUGAAGUCUUACAUGAACCAACCGCUGACACUCUUAUGUCAAAGCCUUAUGUUCCUCUUCCCCAUGAUGUUGAGGAUUUUGGAGCCCGUUCUGAAGAGCUGAACCAGGGCUCAGGGCCUCAUCAUCCAGGGGACGCGAGCAGUCUGGAUACGUCCGAGGCCGCCUCUUCCAAGAAUCUGGAAUUUUCACAAGAGGUAAUCGGCGAGGACAGUAAUGUGUGUGAGGUGAAAGAAUCAGUAGCUUUCCCUCAGAGCGUUACUCUUUCAGAAGAGUUUUCGUCGAAUGUAAGUGAAUCAUCACUGAAACAUCACGUAGUUGAAGAGUCAUAUAGUCUGGAGUACCUUGACACUAAGUCGGUGGAGACUUCAGACUACUUUGAAGCAAUUUCAGAAGAAAAGAUGGACAGCGAGGAGGUAUCUUCUGCACAUUUUGUUGAGAGUAAGGAGGUAGUUCUUGGUUGUCCAAUUGUUCGAUCUACUGACGAACGAACGGGUAUGUCCGAAGGUGUUACUAGACCCAGAAGUCGGUUGCCAACACCACUUUCUGAAAUGAGAAGUGCAGGCAGUCUCUGUGCAGCCCUUGAGGAGCAGUUAGCUGGGUUGAUCCAAAAGAUCGACAGUGCUAUCGAAGAAUCUAGUAAACCUUUCAUUUCUGGCCAGCAGGACGUGAUGGUCGGCAAGGACAAGCUGUCAGCUCGGACCUCGGAGCUUUUGCGGGAACAGGAGCAAGAUGAAUCUCCGGGGCCAGUUAGAUCAAAUGAAGAGGAAGAUUUGCUGGAUAUGUUGUGGGCUGAGGAUGAUGACAGUGCCUACCCUGAAGGAUCUGGGGAGGAUGACCUGUCCCAACUUCAGGAAUCGAAACCCUCCGGGAAAGAUGCUAAUACAAACCAAGUCAACGGCGAAAUCAGACUUUCGAGGUCCAGCGAGAAUGGGUUGACACUUUACUCAAAUGGCCAUCCGAAUGAGGUCUCACUGGAUAAGGCGAAGACAUCCACACCAGUCUUUGCGGAAGAGGAUGUGGAGUUCGUAGACUCACCUAAAAGCUCACUGGAGGUUCUACAGAUACACAACAACGUCAAUGAAGGUGACCCAACUUCACCAAGAACCUUACUUGCUGGAGCGUUAGUCCAUGCGACUACUACCCCAAACUCUGACGAGCAAGACGUAAGUGCUGCUGAUCAUAAUGUGGUUCUGGAGCAGCCGGAAUGUGUAGAAAGUCUAGAAGUCCACAAAGGGCCCGUUUCAGAAGGUUUGGAUGAAGAUGUUUUGCAGGACUCCGCACCUGACAAAGAAAUGAGCUCUGAGAGUUUGGUCUCAAGUUUAGUUGUUGAGGAUGAAAGAAACAUCUCAGUGCCUGAUAUCCGUGGCCCAGAUGAAACCGCGAGUUCUCCAGCCUUGUAUGUGGAUAUCUCUGAGACAGUCAGCAGAGACGGGGUUUUGAGUCCUGUAGCCUCGCUUUCUCCGCAUCAACUUGCUGUCGUCGAUGGUCAGGUGGAAGAGGAGAAAAGCUUGAGACUUGAGGACGACAUCUCUACAGACGUGCAAUCCGUUGGUGAAUGCCAUUCUGUAGGGCUAAGGUCUCACGCUGUCGAAGAUGUAGAAGGAUCGGCAGGGCAACGUUCAGCUGAUGAGGAGCACCUGGAAAAAGAGAGCUUCCAGGAUCCUCACGUAGGGCCAACGGUAGGCGCAGUGGUGCUCGAUGACGUUGUACUUGCCGAUUGUCCAUGUGCUGAGGUAGAGCCGACUGGAAACCAGCUGUCAAGAACGAGUCCUGGAUCAGAACACUCUGACGAAGACGAUCCAGGUCGUGAAAACAAGUUUUCAGUGGAUGGAGUCCAAAGCUCGACGUCAAACUUAUCUACAGAGAAGAAGAAAUUGAUCGAGCCUUAUAACGUUGCCGGAGGAAAUGAAGGAAGCACUGAAGGAGUUUUAGGAGCUGAUGAGGAAACGUUGCCUGGAGAGAUGCCUGCAGUUCCUAGCGAAGGAGCAUCUGCAGAGCAGCAUGAUGUAAAUGAAGCACCAAAGUAUCCGAAAGUACCAUCAGCAGAUCAAGAUCCACUUGCAGAAAUGCCGGAGAGUCCACAAGAACGGUUUACUGCAGAUGCUCUUCCACUUCAAGCUGAACUGAACUCAGAAGUCAAUGGCCAGACCUCUGAAGUCUUGGAAGCGGACAGAGCUCAAGGUGCUUCCUCAUGUGACUACCCUGUAGGGUCCAGCGUCAUAAUCUCUGAUCGAGAGCCAUCAAUCCAAUCCUCAACUGUGGAAACUGUUCUGGCAGGAGAGUAUGAGGAGAAACUUCAAGAUGGAAAGGUAGCUGUUGCUGAAAAGGAAUCCACGUACGUCCAUGCCGUGCCUGAUUCAGAUUCACGGGAGCCUGAUGCCUAUAUUGUCCUCGAAGAUUCUGUGACAGAUACAAGAUCUGCAAACCUCGAGGGAGAUGACGGUUUGACUCUUGGUCUUAGGGUUGUCUCCAGCGAAGAUGCAUCUCAAACACCGUGCGAUGACUCUAUCAAGGAAGACUGCGGAGAUCGGCUUCCACUGAACGAAGAAAGCCUGUCGCAGGUGGCCCCAGACUCACAUCCACCUCUUGCUUCUCACAGUUUAAGUGAAGAGCAGAGUGAGGUGGAGUCUCUGAAAGCUACGGAAGUCGGAAGCGAGGAGCCUUUAUAUAUACGGGAGGUCCACAUAUCUGCAACGGAUAUUAUUCCUCCGAAAGAGGAGUUAUUGCUUGAGUUGCAAGCUUCUGAUGAGCGGGACGGCGAGGAAAGCUCUCAUUCAAAACGCAGAAACUCAGUAACCUUUGACAAUGUGCCGGUCCCAACUGAUGUAGAGAACACAGCUGUAACUGACGAGGAGGAUUCAUACCAAGAAUGCGUCAGUCAUAACUCCAGCUCCCUUUCUACAUCAGUGGGCAGUUUAGCUGCUAGUUCUGAACAAGAGACUUACAGCGCGGGUACUCAAGGUGCCGCUGAGGAAGAUCAAGAGGAGACCUCACAGAUGCUACUUUCUCCUCCUACAAACCCAACGGCCGAGGUCAGUGACUCAAAGUCUCAAUCAGAGACGUUGCCGAGUAAAAGCAGUGAGGACCAGAUAACAAGUGGUGAAAGUAUCGUGGUCGAAUCGUUUGGUACUGACAAACCACUGGACGACUCGGAAGUAGGUCCAGCUGACAAUACUUUCAGCGCGAGAGCCGAUGGGGAGGAGGAAAUGUCAUCUAUGGUUGCCAAGGCUCCAGAAAUCCUAGAUCACGAAUUCCUUCCUGACGCGCCUAUUCAAUCUAUCGCUGUAGUGGCCAGUGGUGCUGAGAAGCUUCAGACUGAAGCAUCUCGUGCGGAAGAUGAGAGUGGACAUGAGGAUCGAACGGAUAGUGGACAUAUUGAGAGGUCUCUUAUUUCUCUAGGUGAGAGUCCUGUAUGUACUGAGUCUUCGCAUGUCUCGAAGAGCGAUGAAGCGGAGUCAGUAAAUUCGUCUGGAAUCGAGGAUUCUUCGAAGAGUGGCGAAGUACAGUCAGCAGAAACAUCCGCAGGUAAGCCCGAUGUUCCACAUUUACCAUCGGUUUCUGAAAGUAGAAUUCCUGCACUUUACAAAGAGGAAUUCAUCAGCAUUGAGGAAGAAGUGUGGAAUGAACAAAGAAGCUCGACUCCUUCCGAUGAGAAAUGGAAUACCGCCGAAAAUCUCAGACAGAGCGAGAAGUUGCACGUAGCUAAUGGGCCCAAGGAAGUUGAUCGACAACAGAGCUUGCCAUCAGAUGAUAAAGCGUGCAACAUGGAUCCAAGUUCAAGUCACAGCGAGAACGUGGAACAAGUAGGAAAUUUGGGCAACCUUUCCGAAGCGCAAAAAGAUUCCGAAGGACAUGCACUUUCUCGAAGCCCAACGGGAGGAAGGUUUGAUGUGACUAUACCAAGUGCUCAGUCUGGAGUUCCUGUUAUUGAGAUCAUUCCGUCAGAAAGGGUAACUGGGGAUGAAAAAGUGGAGUCGAAAUUGAACAAUGAAGGUGGCACUCCAUUCGAUGCUGGGUUGGCUGAUGCUGCUGUUGUAGGCGAAAAAAUGAAUGGUGUUGGAAGCCAGCUGGCCAAAAAACUACCCAUAAGCAAGGCUAAGUCCGUCCGAACAAUGUCGCUGAAUUCUGGUUCUCAGAAUGAACCAGCCGUGGAGGAACGUCUUUCACCCGAUGAAGCAGUACAAACGCAGAGACCAACAGGGUACACGAGCGUCACGGUUGUUUCACCAGAGAGCCUUCAGUGGGAACCAAGCACAACAGGUUUACCUGCGCACGGUACCAGGGAUACAGUUGAUUCUGCAAACGUAGGAGGAGAGCUGGGGAAGUGGAAUGGAGAGGGAGUGAACUCCAGUCCUGCGUCUGUACGGCGCGCAUUAGCCUUCAUGGGUCAGCAAGUAUCAUCAUUUACACCUGUUGAUACUUGCUUGCAAAGUCCUCCUACUCAACUGUUUGAGAGAGACAUGAAAUCUUCGGAGAAGGAUGGUGGAGUUCCCGAAACGAAGGUCGUUGUAGAGGAUGUGAAAAUUCCAGUUCAUUUGUCUCCACCAAAGUUCAUGUUGUCUCCAGUGAAGGAGGUUAACUCCAUGGAUUCUCCUGCACACACAAUCGUGGAAGUUAGCGCGAAGAAGGACGUUGCGCCAAUAAAAUCAUCGAAGGCGAAAUGCAGCUGCACAAUUAUGUGAUGAGGUUUGCAGUAUUACCUUUAGCACCUCGGAUAUUAUGCAGAUCUGUUUGCAGUCUUGUUUGUUGUAAUUAUGAGUACGGGACUGAAUCCACCCUUGGAAAGACCGAGACAGAGUGGGUCCUAAGCCACUUUUAGCGUCAGCAAAGUUAGCUGGUAGGUAGGUACAUCCUUUCUCUCACAGAAGCUCUGGAUGGUGGAAGUCAUUUUGUCCGUCUGUGGUUGGUGCUCAUUCUUCUCCCAAUGUUCACUUGACCCAGCUGCCGAGGGAGACGACAUGUCUCACUCCGCGGGCCAUGGUAUUCACCUUCCAAGCCAAAUUCACCACCACAUUUGAUUGUAGAUUGAAGAUAUUACUAGGGGGGAUUGUAGACUUCGAAAGUUUAAAGAUGUCACAUCCCCAUGGAUUGUCUGAGCAUGUAAUAGUUCUCAUGGGAUACCAAUUAUGUAUACACUAGAGUUCAGUUCUGAGCAUAAUCAGAAGUUUUGAUGGGCAAUUGAAAAGAAGUUUGUCGAGAAUUCUGUGUUUUACUGGUCGAGUGAUGUCGCCAGCUGACCUUCAGGCCGUAGCUCUUCUCGUGCAAGGAUGAUUUCGAAUGCUGGAUCGACUACUGACCAUUCAAAUUUUGGCCUCGUCCAUAUUCCCUAGACCCGAUGUGAAGACGAAUUCCCUUGUAUUCAUUAUCAUUUGAUGUUGCUGACCAG